AUGCCUUCCGCGACCGGCCAAAACUGGGAGAAGUACCAGAAGACGUUUGCCGACGAUGAAGUACCGGAGAAGAAGAUCACUCCCCUCACGGAUGAGGAUAUCCAAGUGCUCAAGACGUACGGCGCGGCGCCUUACGGGAAGUCAUUAAAGAAGCUGGAGAAGCAAAUCAAGGAAAAGCAACAGAGCGUGGACGACAAGAUUGGUGUCAAGGAGUCUGAUACCGGUCUGGCGCCACCCCAUAUGUGGGAUGUGGCGGCCGACCGGCAAAGAAUGGCCGAGGAGCAACCGUUCCAGGUGGCGCGCUGCACCAAGAUCAUCGAGGACGAGAAGGGCGACGAGUCCAAGAAGAAGUAUGUCAUCAACGUCAAGCAAAUCGCCAAAUUCGUCGUCCAGCUCGGAGACCGCGUCAGCCCGACGGACAUCGAGGAAGGGAUGCGAGUCGGUGUGGAUAGGAACAAGUACCAGAUCAUGCUGCCCCUUCCCCCGAAGAUCGAUGCCAGCGUCACCAUGAUGACGGUCGAGGAGAAGCCCGACGUCACCUACGGCGACGUCGGAGGGUGCAAGGAGCAGGUGGAGAAGCUGAGGGAAGUCGUCGAGAUGCCCUUGCUGUCUCCCGAGCGCUUCGUCAACCUGGGCAUCGACCCGCCCAAGGGCGCCUUGCUCUACGGACCGCCGGGCACCGGCAAGACGCUCUGCGCGCGAGCCGUGGCCAACAGAACCGACGCCACCUUCAUCCGAGUCAUCGGCAGCGAGCUCGUCCAGAAAUACGUCGGCGAGGGAGCCAGGAUGGUGCGCGAGCUGUUCGAGAUGGCGCGGACGAAGAAGGCGUGCAUCAUCUUCUUUGACGAGAUCGACGCCGUCGGCGGUGCCCGCUUCGACGACGGAGCCGGCGGCGACAACGAGGUGCAACGGACCAUGCUCGAGCUCAUCACCCAGCUCGACGGCUUCGACGCCCGAGGAAACAUCAAGGUCAUGUUUGCCACCAACAGACCGUCGACGCUCGAUCCGGCUCUCAUGCGGCCCGGCCGCAUCGACAGGAAGAUUGAGUUUUCCCUCCCCGACCUCGAGGGGCGGGCCAACAUCCUGCGCAUCCAUGCCAAGAGCAUGUCGGUCGAGCGAGACAUUCGAUGGGAGCUCAUCUCGCGCCUGUGCCCCAACGCCACGGGCGCCGAGCUGCGCAGCGUGUGCACGGAAGCGGGCAUGUUCGCCAUCAGGGCGCGACGAAAGGUGGCGUCGGAGAAGGAUUUCCUCAGCGCCGUGGACAAGGUCAUCAAAGGCAACCUCAAGUUCAACUCGACGGCGACGUAUAUGCAAUACAACUAA